AAAUAAAAAAACACAUUAACAAAUUAAAUCAGUGUUAAUUAAAAGCUAGUGUUUAAAACUACUAUGACUGCUGAGGGAACUUUUUGAUUAAAAUGAUCACAGGGAAAAAGUUAAAGAAAUGUGUUUCCUUGUUAAUACAAGUAUAAUUAAUAACAUAAAAAUAUUAAAAAUGGCACUGAUUAUCAGCCAAGCUGACAUUUUGAAUGGUUGGUAUCAAUAUCAGACAUGAGUGUCAAGAUCAGUCCAUAACUAGUGAGUUAUUGUAUUGUGAGUUUGCAGGCAACAACCAGCCCUACAGUAUUCUGGCCUAAUAUUACUAUACGCACCCACAGACCUCCCCACCACAGCCCAAAGCAUGGGCAAACUAGACCAACAUUUUCUCAAGUUCUUAAACCUUUCAGUUAUUUAGUAUUUAUGUAGUUGUAUGUAGCAUGAUCUUCAAAUCUGAAUUUAUUAUCUUUCCCUUCUCUCAACAGGUUCCCUAGUCCCUUCAUCAUUUACUUCAAAACCUCAGCUUCGUUACAAAGCAAAAACAAAGGCACUUUAAAGAGCCACUUUUGUCUAGUUAAUUGUUGUUAGUCUGUCUGGUUCUCUGUUGUUCUUGCUCUUUUGCUCUUCCCCCCUAUUCCUUUAGUGUUGUCUUGUUUGUCCUUGUUCACCAUGAGUGACAAUUCCAAUUUCAAACAGGUCCUUAAUGAGCUUGAUGAGCUUGUUGAACAUUCUAAAUUAAAUUAUGAACUCCAGAUCAUGGAUGAUUUCAUCAAUAAGAUGCAGGGAGAACAGGAGGCAGCACCAUCCACUAGCCAUCAACCUGUCAGGUGGCUGAAGAGAGACAGUGAUGGAAAUGUUGUCUAUGACAGACCGAGAUCAUCCCGAAACCAAACGGCUAGUCACAGCUACAGUCGUAAGUCUAGUUCUCAUACUAGGAUGUUGGACAACAGCUUUGAGAUAACCAACUACUGUCUCCCUGACACUGUUGAGACUUUCCUUGAAGAGCUAAACCACUCACAGGGUGAUGACUUGGAUGAUCAGGAAACGGCACCAGCACCACCACGAGCUUCCUCAGACUGGUCUACUAGAAAGAGUCUCCUCUCAGAGAGGUGGGAGAAAGAGAGACCCUGUCUGGUGAAUACCAUGGUGGCACAACAAAAUGUGAACACUCAGAUCUGCCAACAAUGUGGCAGCAGUGCAGCUGCUGUCCGUUGUCGUGACUGCCGACCACAACCAUUCUUUUGUGCUGAUUGUGAUGUCAGUAUACACCGAAACCAUGUUUUCCACAACAGGGAUGCAACAAUAGCUGGAUUCUUUCAGCCAUUGCCUCCAACAACCUGUGUCGUGGAGAGGGCUCUUUCCCAGUGUGGUAAGCUCUAUUUCUUUGAGUGUCUUAUUUAGGGCUGCACAAUUAUUGCAAUC